AUGGCGGCGGAGGUUGGCCGCGCGGGGGGCGCUCCUGGCGGCGGAACUGGGGAGGCUCCGGCGGAGCGGGAGAGGGCGCUGAUUCAUGUGGCGGCGCCGCCCGCGAGUCUCAAGGAGAAAAUCGAGGAGUGGUGGGAGCAGAUUGGGCGCGAGCAGCACCAGGCGCGGCGGGAGGGGAAGUGGGGCGGAGGGGAGAGGGCGGCGGAAGGGGGAAGGGCGGAAGCGGGAAGGGCGGAAGGGGGAAGGGCGGAAGGUGAGGCGGAGAGGGAGAGGGCGCGGAGGGUGACUGCAGACGAGGUGACUGAAAAGAAGCUGGUUGCCGUGAGCCAGGUGCUGGCGCUGCUGCCGAUUUCGCUCUUCCCUAAAGUCACAUCGGUGCACGAGGUGACGGCCAACACGACACUGUACGAUGCCAUCAAGCUGCUGUCUCGCCACAACCUCACCACUGUACCCGUUAGAAGCAUUGCUGGAGAGGCUGCAGGGCGGGCCCGGAGCAGGGGCGGGGCAACUGACGUUGAAAUGACUGAAUCAGAGCAACAAGAGGGAGGGGAGGGAGAAGGAGCAACGGGGGUGGUGGAAGAGCCAGCAGAGGGAGGAGGGGAGAUGGAGGAGGAGGAAACAUUGGAGGAGGUGGAGGUGGAGGAGUGGGAGCCUCAGUACUUGGGCAUGAUGGAUUUGGCAGGCGCGGUUAUCCUCUGGGUCUUUGCCAAUCUCGAAGCAUCUUCGAUCGGCUACGCCACGGCGUCGACCCUCGCUGCCUCCCUUGUCGGCUCCUUCGUCGCAGCAGCCGGGACAGCCGCGCUCGGAGCUUCGGCCGGACCUGUGUCAGCCGCGGCAGCCGCCGGAGCUGCAGCCUCGGGAGCCCUGGGCGCCCAGGCCUCCACUGGGGAAGGAGCACCUGGGGAAUCAGCAGGAGCCAUGGCUUCAUCCCCUCGCACCGGCCGGUUCUUUUUCGAGGAGCUUCUCAAGAAUGAGGCGUUCCACACCACGCGGGUUGCGGAUCUAGCCGGAUCGUUCCGCUGGUCACCGUUUGUGUAUCUCAAGCCGUCCGACACGCUUCUCACGCUCUUCCUCCUCAUGUCCAAGUAUGCCAUCCGCUCCGUGCCAGUGCUGCCGCCCGGCCCCGAGUCGGCAAUCUCGACGGUGAUCACGCAGUCUGCUGCGGUGGCCUUCCUGUGCGAGUGUGACGGCAUGCCGUGGUUUAAUUCGAUCGCAGAUCGCACUCUGGCUGAGCUGGGGCUGCCUCUAAUGCAGCCAGAAGAGCUUGUCAAGGUGGAAGAUGAUGCAGCAGUGACAGAGCCCUUUCGGCUGAUGAUGGAGCACGACAUAGGAGGGGUGCCCGUGGUGGCCAAGGGAAGCAACCGCCUCAUCGCCAACAUCAGUGCGCGGGACAUUCUGCACCUCGUGGGUUCACCCGAGAUUUUCAAGCGGCGCCAGGAGCAGUCGUUCACUGUGCGAGACUUCAUAGCAGCAGCAAACGAGCCUAUCUCAUCAGCCACGGAGGUCAUCUGGCCGGUCAUGACCCCCCCCAUCACCUGUUCCCCCGCCACGCCUCUCCGCAACGUGCUCCAUGCUCUCAACCGCACCCAUAUUCAUCGCAUCUAUGUCACCUCCUCACCUGCUUCUGCUUCUACGAGCGCUGCUGCUGCUGCUGCACCUGCUGCUGAUGUGGCUGGUGGUGCUGGUCCUGCUGGUGCUGCUGGUGCUGCUGGGGGUGCUGGUGCUGCUGGGGGUGCUGGUGCUGCUGGUGGUGCUGGUGCUGCUGGGGGUGCUGGUGCUGCUGGGGGUGCUGGUGCUGCUGGGGGUGCUGGUGCUGCUGGGGGUGCUGGUGCUGCUGGGGGUGCUGGUGCUGCUGGGGGUGCUGGUGCUGCUGGGGAUGCUGGUGCUGCUGGUGCUGUUAGCGCUGGGCAGCAGGAGGUGGUAGGGGUGGUGACUCUGCGAGAUAUCAUUGGCAAGUUUGCUGCCGUGCCGGCCGACGUUGCCCUGGCUGCUGGUGCUGACGUGGGUGGGGAGGAAUGA